AUGGCAGCCCCCGCCGUACUGCCACUGCGCGUGCCAGAUCUUGUCUUCGUUUCUAAUCACGCCUGCUACCAGAUAACUCCCAAAGCCAUCGUCUCGGACGCCUGCGCCUCCUACUCUACCCUCGACAAGCUGAACUUUGCUGUCAAACCUCUACUCGACGACCUUACCACCACGACCGACUUCUUCUCACACUACCGUCUCAACCUCUUCAACAAAAGGUGUCCCUUCUGGAACGAUGAAAAUGGUAUGUGCGGCAACAUUGCCUGCGCCGUAGAGACGCUGGACGACGAGGCGGACAUACCAGAGGUCUGGCGCUCAGCAGAACUUGGCAAGUUGGAGGGACCAGUGGCGAAACAUCCCGGCCCCAAGGCGAAGAAGAAUACCGACCGUCCCCUUCAACACGGCCUCGGCACCAAUGUGGGAGAGAGCUGCGUGUUCGAGUACGACGAUGAAUGCGAUGAGCGCGACUACUGCGUUCCCGAAGACGAAAGCGCCUCUUCGAAGGGCGACUACGUCAGUCUCCUUCGAAACCCUGAACGCUUCACUGGCUACGCAGGCGUCGGUGCUGCGCAGGUCUGGGAUGCCAUUUAUCGGGAGAACUGUUUCUCGAGAUCUUCGUUCCCCAACUCUGCCGCCCUUGGCGUAUCGCAACAGAGCUCUGUGCUUAACAAGGUUGGCCCCGCAGCCGAGGACCUAAAACAGAUACUGGAGGCCGCUGGACGCCAGCAAGCUCUGGAGCAGAUCCGCGAGACGCAUCCCAACGCCCCAUUUGUGGCUCAGACGGGCUUCGAAGCCCAAGACGAGUGUCUCGAGAAGCGUGUCUUCUACCGCGUCAUCUCGGGUAUGCACGCAAGCAUCAGCACUCACCUGUGCUGGGACUUCCUCAACCAGACCACCGGCCAGUGGCAGCCCAAUCUCGCCUGCUACAAGACACGACUUCACGAGCACCCCGACCGCAUUAGCAACCUGUACUUCAACUACGCGCUCGUGACUCGCGCUGUUGCCAAGCUGGGACCUUUUAUCCAGGGCGAAGCCGUCCCCCAGAUUUUCGAUGAGAGCCUCAUGUUUAAGAACGGCGAGGGUCCAUCGCUCAAGGAGGACUUCCGCAACCGCUUCCGCAACGUCAGCCGCGUCAUGGACUGCGUCGGCUGUGACAAGUGUCGCCUGUGGGGCAAGUUGCAGACAGCGGGCUACGGCACGGCGCUCAAAGUCCUCUUUGAGUUCGACAACGCCAGCGAAGAUCUCCCCCAGCUGAAGCGGACCGAGAUCGUGGCGCUGUUCAACACGUACGCGCGGAUCAGCAGCUCUUUGCGCGCCAUCGGCAAGUUCAGGGGCAUGGUAGAGGAACAGCAGGCGCUGGAGAGCGUCUCGUCUCUCUCUCAGGAGGACGUUGAGCCUCCAGUGGGAGCUGGAGCACAAGCCAAAGAAUCUGAUGUCGACGAGGACGGCCUGGAGGAUGACGAUUACGAGGAGGAGGAGGAGGAGGAAGAAGAUGACGGGGAGGAGGAGGAGGGUGGGGGGGACGACGACGACGAGGAUGAAGCACCCGCCAAGAAAAAAGGCAGCCAGUGCGGUAUGAAGUCGGAUAAGAAUGCCACCGUAAGCCAGAGCUUGGACGACGAGCUCAGGCUCGUCAUGCGGGUGACCAAGUUGGUCCUGGUGCAGUGGGCUUCUUUCCCCGGAACACUUUGGCACAUACUCAGCAACGAGACGAAGCGUUUCGGUCAGUUCUUCCUCGGCCUGCCCGUCUCGCCGCGGACAUGGAAAUUUGAGCGGCCCAACUUGGAUGAGCUGUAG